GCCGCUGUGAAUUUCUUUCUUGCUUCCAUUUCUGUAACAAGAUUUUGUGAUUUGGAACCCGAGAAUGCACUGAAAAACACCACCAUUUCGGAAAGCAAUGCAAAAGUGAAUGGAAGUUCUACUGUACAAUCCACAACUGUUACGCCAAUGCCAGCGAUACAGAACGGAAAACCAAGCGCCGGAUUUAUGCUUGCCGGGGGAGUAAUGAGCCAUAAAGAAUCGAUAUUUUUGAAGCUCAAUAAGCGGAUCAGUAAUUUGGAAUUGCAUAUGUCACUGAGCAGUGAAUAUCUAUCCGAACUAAGUAGACGCUAUGUUCUGCAAACGACCGAAAGUCGACGACAAGCUGAGCUAAUAAUUAAGCAAGCCGAAGAAGCGGCUGUGAAGGCAGUCAAACCCAUCGUUGACGCUCUGAAAAUUCAGGUAAUUUAUUUUUGA